AUGAAAGAUGGUGCGAAUACCGGGCGAUCACGCUGUGUCGGGCGUGACCAUUGGGUGGCCAUGGAAUUGCACCGCAAGAUCAACGACCUCACCAGACCGCUAAUCUGGGAGGAAAACAACAAGUUUGUCAAGACCGUGCUCCUCGUCGAGCAAUCUGGAAACAGUAUGGGGAAACCAAAAUAUAUCGACGCACACCCCGGGUGUAUCGGGAACAACCCCAACCUCGCGUUUGUCGAUGAACGCCAUUUUGGUGUGCGAAACGCCAGGACUAGAAAGAACAUAGGUGGGCUUCUGGACGCGACCAUGCACCGCAUUACGUCAAUCGGGAUUACGGCGUUAGCUAGCAUCACACGCACCAACGGAAUUUACACUAUGAACUAG